AGGUUGAUCAAGGCACAUACACCCGCUAAUGUAACGGACUCAGAUGAAUACAGGGGAGGAGACUCAUUUAAACGUUGUAUAAGGAAAGAUGGAAAGAUCGUGGUAAGUAAUUUGUAUCAUAACAAAUUAGCUCAUCUGAGCCAACAGAUGGUGUGAGGUUUUGUGAUUGAUGUUUGUCAUCUGUCAACUGUAAUGGUUUCACAUACAAGCUCGGUUGUUUUGCCUCUAGGGCCUAAUGGUCAAUUUCAGCUACAUGUAAUGACAGCACAAUGCAUUCUGAAAUUCGACCAUAGGGAAGAUUGGAAUUCCUAGCUCACUUAAGUUGAAAGCUCAAGUGAGCUUUUCUAAACACUUUUUGUUCGGUUUCUGUUUGUCUGUCCGUACAUAAACUUAGAACAUUUUCAAUUUCUUAAAAAAAAAACAACAACGGGGCUAUCUUCUGCAAACUUGCCAAAACCAUGCUUUGAGUAAGGAGGGAUCAAGUUUGUCCAAAUGAUGUGUCACGCUUUCUUUGAAGUGGAGUAAACCAGAAGUGAUCAACGAGCUAGAUAGAACAAAGAACAUGUUUUGGUUCCAGCUGACAAAGCUUGUAACAAUGUUGUCAUUGUUUGAAAAACAGAAGAUCAUGUGUACAAUAUGUUCAGCAAUUGGUGACAAUGCAGAGGCUAUGAUGGUUUGCAAGGAAUCUGACUGCAAUGAGAAGCUAUGUGAGGCAUGCACCAAACGGCACAAGAAGCAAAAAGCCACAGCAGGUCAUAACGUCAUCAAACUGAAGGAUGACACACCGGAUGCUAAUGAAUUCUUCUGCGAGCUCUGCCAAGACGAGACUGUCCAUGGAUUUGGGUAUUGUAUCGAUUGUACUGAACCGGAAGUAAUGUGUGAGAAGUGUUGCAAACGACAUAUUGUGUCGAGAAAAUUCCGGAAUCACAAUAUUUCAGAGGACUUGAAAUCCCUAAAAUUGACGCAUGGGCAGACACCGUCCGUAAAAACAUUGAUAUCAAAGUCAAAUGGUAAAAUGACUGGUAAUUCUGUUGUGAAACAUCAAGCAUCCAGCGUCAAACCUGCAGUUCCACCACCAGCAGUGGCACCUAGAUAUCAUUGUGAACCUUGUCGAUUUGAAAGUAAAAAGGUACACGCCACACAGUUCUGUCUUGACUGUGAAGAACCGGAACCAAUGUGUCGUCCAUGUGGUCAGCAACAUUUGAAACAAAAGGUUGGGAGAGGUCAUCAAUUGUCUCAAAGCAUGCAACAGUUUGGAUCUCAGAAAGGAAUGGUGCAUACUAGCAUAAAGAACUUGCAGCAACAGUUCAAAGGACCAAAAGAUAUUCCUGGUAAACCGAUGGCAGCAACGAUAAAAUCAGAUUCGGUUAAGUUGCACUGGGGACGAUGUGAUGACGUGGACUGUUAUCAGAUACGAUACAAGAGUAAAUCCGGCAAAGAAAACUGGAAAAUUAUUCAGACUGACAUCAACAAAAACGAAUUAAACAUAGAGGGUCUGAUGGCGAAUACCACAUACAUUUUCCAAGUCCGAGGGGUGAAAGGGGAUAUUGAAGGAUCUUACAGUCCGGCAAACGAGGGCAUAAAAACACAAGAGUCGUUGGCGUCUUAUCUCCUUGGUUUUUCAGAGCAGCUGACUAGUGGGAAUCCUUCAAAAUUUGAAUUACCAUUAAACGAAAACCCUAGGGCUAGAAAUGAACAGUAUAAAAUUCGUCAAAUAUGCUUAGGAGACAUGACAAAUAGAAGAAAUCGGGAAGAAGAGAAAACUAUUAUGUUGGUCGGUUCCACUGGAUCCGGCAAAAGCACGCUUGUGGAUGGCAUUGUCAAUUAUGUGAUGGGUGUGAGUUUUGAAGAUCCAUUCCGAUUUACAUUGGUCAAACUAGAAGACGAUGAACGGCGUAAAACAGGAAACCAAGCAGUAUCGCAAACGGAGUGGAUAACAGUUUACAAAAUUGCACCACACAAGGGAAGUAGACUAGACUAUACCCUUAACAUCAUAGACACGCCCGGAUUUGGAGAUACUAGGGGGAUAGAUCGAGAUAAUAACAUUGUGGACCAAGUUCGCUACCUAUUUUCGGCAAAAGGAGAUAAGGGAGUCCUGUACUUGGAUUCCGUUUGUUUUAUUGUCAAGGCACCAGAUGCGCGUCUCACACCAGUACAGAGAUAUAUCUUUCAUGCGAUUAUGUCCCUUUUUGGGAAAGACAUCGAGUCGAAUAUCUGCACGUUGAUAACAUUUGCAGAUGGCGCAGAUCCUCCAGUUUUAGCAUGUUUAAUGGAAGCUAAACUCCCGUUUGGUUCGACCUUUCAAUUCAACAAUUCUGCAUUAUUUGCAGUUAACAAAAAUCUUCAGAGUAAUGCACUGUCGCCUUUUUUCUGGGAAAUGGGUUGCAAAAGUUUUGAAGCAUUCUUCAAACAUUUGAAGAAAUUUGAAACAAGAAGUUUGUCACAGACGAAGGAUGUCUUGCACGAAAGAGAGCAACUGAAAACGAUCAUCAGCAGUAUAAGACCACAGAUUAGCGCGGGCCUGUCCAAGUUAAGUGAGCUACGAGAACAGCUCGACUUAUUUAAUAGACACGAAAAUGACAUCGAAAACAACAAAGAUUUUACUUACGAGGUAGAAGAAACGAGGCAAUACCAAUGUGAUUUGCCUCCAGGUCAACAUGUUACAAAUUGUUUGCAAUGCAAUGUAACUUGCCAUGAGGAUUGUAGAAUUGCAGACGACAAUAACAAGAUGAACUGCUGGGCAAUGACCAAUGGCUAUUGCAGAAUCUGUUUUGAGAAUUGUUAUUGGAACGAACACAAAAAUACCCCAUACAUAUUUACGUAUGCGACUGAAACUGUUACCAAGACGUACCAAGAAAUGAAGGACAGAUACGAAAGAGCAAUUGGAGAAAAAUUAACACACCAAACGUAUUUAGAAGAACUGACCACCGACGUUGAUGAACUCAUGGACAACAUUAUGGAUAUGAUGAAUGAAAUGAAUCGAUGCAAGACGAGACUGAAAGAGAUUGCCUUGAGACCGGAUCCACUCUCUACCGUUGAACACAUAGAUCUUAUGAUUCAAGCAGAGGAAUCAGAAAGACAGCCAGGAUACGAUAGGAGGAUCAAAAUGCUUCAAGAAAUGAAAAGAAUGGCACUGGUCGACAGAGAUUAUCAGAAUUUAGACACAAACUUCCGUAGAACUCGCAGUGAUAUAAGUAGCGCUGUAGGCAAAGAGUUCCCUGGAAGACGUAAAAUCAAGUCGCGUCGUCGGUCUAAGAAGAACAGUCCUGGUGUAGUUGAGAAGGGAAUACACAUGAUGAAAAAGUUUUUUGGAGAACUAAUCUGAAUCUUUUAGUGACUGGUUUUGUCGUGUCAUGUCUGUAAAUUUAAGGUGUUAUUUCUUAAGUUUCUUAUCAUUACUUCUUAGGUUUUUGUUUAAUUAUUGUAUUAUCAUCAUAUCAAACUUUAUUCCAUGUUAGUCAUUACGAUGUACCUGAUGAAGAACAUAUUGUACUAGACAUGGAGUCAAUUGAGCUUUCAGAGUGCGUAUACUAGCUGUAGAAAAGAUGAUAUGCAAAAGUAACCUGCAUAAAAUUUUCUAUGACAGAUGGGAGGAAUACGAUAAAUCAUAAGUCCAAAACCCUCCCAGUGAUUGGAAGUGUUAUCCUGGUCCGUCUUUUUGACUUUUCUAGUUUUAGGUCACUGAGUAAACUCAGGUGACAUAUUGCAAUUGGUCUGCGUCCGUCGUCUUCGUUUGUACGUUAACAAUUGAACAUUUUUAACUUCUUCUUAUAUACCAUUCCAACUCUUUUCAAAAUUGGUGUGAAGCAUUUUUGGGACAAGGGGAACAUAAAUUGGAAAUUUCAAGGCUCUUGGACCCUGGGGUUUUAGGAAUGGAGAAAAAACUGCCUAAAAUUGACAAAAUUUCAAAAUAUUGCUCUACUACCGCAUAUAUGUAUGACAAACUAAAUGCAUAGUGAUGUAGAGCAGGAGGGUCUCUUCCAAAAUUGUAGAUUUCGUGAUCUUUGGGGUAAAGGUUCUGACUCCAGGGCGGAGCCAAACUUGGUAUACAGUAUAUAAUAUCUAUGUGUAAAGCAUUUAAAAAGCAUCUUCUUCAAUGGUAUUGAUACUAAACUGAAACUAAAUGGGCAUUAAGAAUGUACAGGUAGCCCUUUACCAAAAUUGUAAUAUUUAAGUCUUUCUUGUAACUAUUCGAAUUCUUCUCAAAUGUGUUAUGGAGCAUCAUGGGAACAGGGGGGAGAUAAGUUGUAAAUAACAGGAUUCCGUCACCCCCGGGGCUUUAUUGGCGGGGCAAAUACUGCCAAAAAUGACAAAUUUUCAAAAAAUCUUUCUCUCUACAACCGCAUAUCUCUAAGAAAAAACUAAAUGCAUAAUGAUGUAAAACGGGACGACCUCUACCAAAAUUGUAAAUUUCAUGAUCCCGGUUCUGACUCCAGGGCGGAUCCAAACUCUGUAUAUAUAGUAUAGUGUAUUUGUUACACUGUAGAUAAUUUCUUCUUUGAUGUUAUAGUGAUCGUAAUUUUUUGAGUAGUUAUUGACCAAGUUGGCAUUUUUAUGGCCGGUGUUAUAGAACCAGACUUCCCCCAUAGUGAGACCCCCCCCCCCCCCCGGAAGUCUGGCUCUAGAGUGGGCCUUCCCCCUGCGGAAGUCUGGCUCUAGAGUGAGCCUUCCCCCUGCGGAAGUCUGGCUCUUGAGUGAGCCUUCCCCCUGCGGAAGUCUGGCUCUUGAGUGAGCCUUCCCCCUGCGGAAGUCUGGCUCUUGAGUGAGCCUCCCCCCGGAAGUCUCGCUCUAGAAUGAGCCUCCCCCCCCCCCCCCGGUAGUCUCGUACUAGGGGGAAGAUUCACUCUAGAGCCAGACUUCCGGGGGGAAGUCUCAUUAUGUGGGAAGGCUCACUCUACAACACCGGUAACUUGCAUUAUAUGUUUGUGGGGGCAAUAUCAUUUUAAUUUUGCUAUAACAUGAUUUCUAAAUAAAUUCAUAGUAACACGU